ACUCGGGACUUUUGAAAAGCUCCGGAGCCGCGGCGGGGGGGGGGAGCUGCGGGCUCCGGGGCUGCGCUACCGCCGCCGCCGCCUGCGACCGGGACCGAGCCCGAGCCGACCGGCGCCUGCAGCUCUCCGGCGGCGCGGCUCCGGGGCGUCGGCGUCCAGCGGGUUGGUGCCGGGGGGAGCGGGCGCCCCUCGCCGGGCUUGGGGGCGCUGCGUGCCCCGCCCGCGUGUAGGAUUGCAACAGAAUGUUGAUGAAUGUUCCAGGGACAUCUUCAGUCUUCUCUUCAAUGAGUUUUAAUUUUCAUUAUUAUGGAAACCCUGAAGUUCAGUUAAACUGAUAGUAUGUCCUGAGGUGCAGCAGCAGAAGCAGAGCACAAUUUUGUUCGACUAGCAGCGGCAACAGAAGCGACAGCAGCUGCAGGUGCAUGAACAGCACAGGAGAUAAUUUUGCUUUUGAGGGAUGAUGUGGAGAGACACUUUGGCAGUUACUAACCUUGACGGCAUGGAUCAUUCUGUGCUCAGAGGGGAGAUGUCAGCAGUGCUUCAUGACAGCUCAAAAGAAGAAUGUUCAGAGGAUGACAAGUGUAUUCUGAGUAGAUCUCUAGUGGAAGAGGAAGAUCCUCACAUGAAAGUAUCUCUUGGUAGCAGCGAUAUGGGCGUGUCUGCCCAUCUACAGUCUUCAAAGACAGGGACCACACGAUUUUUCACCAGCAACACUCAUAGUUCUGUGGUAUUACAGGGUUUUGACCAGCUGCGAGUAGAAGGUUUACUUUGCGAUGUGACGCUAGUACCAGGCGAUGGUGAUGAAGUAUUUCCAGUUCACCGAGCUAUGAUGGCAUCAGCUAGUGAUUACUUCAAGGCUAUGUUCACAGGUGGAAUGAAGGAACAAGAUUUAAUGUGCAUAAAGCUUCAUGGUGUGAACAAAAUAGGUCUAAAGAAGAUUAUUGAUUUCAUUUACACUGCAAAACUUUCUCUUAAUAUGGACAACCUUCAGGACACUCUAGAAGCGGCCAGUUUUUUGCAGAUUUUACCUGUUUUGGACUUCUGUAAAGUGUUUCUGAUCUCUGGGGUUUCUUUGGAAAAUUGUGUCGAGGUUGGGCGGAUUGCCAAUACGUACAAUCUUACAGAAGUGGAUAAAUACGUUAAUAAUUUCAUCCUGAAGAACUUCCCCGCAUUAUUAAGUACUGGUGAGUUUGUGAAACUCCCCUUUGAACGUCUUGCCUUUGUGCUUUCAAGCAAUAGCCUUAAGCACUGCACUGAGCUCGAACUCUUCAAGGCUGCUUGUCGCUGGCUACGGUAUGAGGAGCCUCGAAUGGAAUAUGCUGCAAAACUAAUGAAGAACAUCAGAUUUCCACUGAUGACACCACAGGAUCUUAUUAAUUAUGUACAAACAGUGGAUUUCAUGAGAACUGACAAUACAUGUGUGAAUUUGCUUUUGGAAGCCAGCAAUUACCAAAUGAUGCCGUACAUGCAACCAGUCAUGCAGUCAGAGAGAACUGCCAUUCGAUCAGACAAUACUCACUUAGUAACAUUGGGGGGAGUGUUAAGGCAGCAACUGGUUGUCAGCAAAGAAUUACGGAUGUAUGAUGAAAAGGCACAUGAAUGGAAAUCAUUAGCUCCCAUGGAUGCACCAAGAUACCAGCAUGGCAUUGCUGUGAUUGGAAACUUUCUAUAUGUAGUUGGUGGACAGAGCAAUUACGACACAAAAGGAAAAACUGCGGUUGACACGGUCUUCAGAUUUGAUCCUCGCUAUAAUAAAUGGAUGCAAGUUGCAUCUUUAAAUGAAAAGCGUACCUUCUUCCACCUAAGUGCCCUCAAAGGACAUUUGUAUGCAGUUGGUGGUCGAAAUGCAGCGGGUGAACUAGCCACAGUGGAAUGUUACAAUCCAAGAAUGAAUGAAUGGAGCUAUGUUGCAAAAAUGAAUGAGCCCCACUAUGGUCAUGCUGGAACUGUGUAUGGGGGAUUAAUGUAUAUUUCAGGCGGAAUUACCCAUGAUACUUUCCAAAAAGAACUUAUGUGCUUUGACCCCGACACAGACAAAUGGACUCAGAAAGCUCCAAUGACAACAGUUAGAGGUCUGCACUGCAUGUGUACUGUUGGAGACAAGCUUUAUGUUAUUGGCGGAAAUCACUUUAGAGGAACAAGUGAUUACGAUGAUGUUCUAAGCUGUGAAUAUUAUUCACCCACCCUAGACCAGUGGACUCCAAUUGCUGCUAUGUUACGUGGGCAAAGUGAUGUUGGGGUUGCUGUCUUUGAAAAUAAAAUCUACGUUGUUGGAGGGUACUCUUGGAAUAAUCGUUGUAUGGUGGAAAUAGUCCAGAAAUAUGACCCGGAAAAGGAUGAGUGGCAUAAGGUCUUUGACCUCCCAGAAUCACUUGGUGGCAUUCGAGCCUGCACUCUUACAGUUUUCCCACCAGAAGACAACACAGGGUCACCUUCUAGAGAGUCACCUCUGUCGGCACCUUAAAAAAAUCCUUUGACUUACGGUGUUGUGGUAAUACCUUUGCACUGCAUCAUGGAGUGUCUCAUUUUUCUUCAGUAGUAUCUGUUAGGCUUAGCCUACAGCAAUUGGUACAGUUACUGAGGGAGAAAAAAAAAAGACUUUGACAUUACUUGUGCUGUUUGUUUGGCCUAGAAUGUUUAUCGAGUGGUUAGCAAAGAUUAUGGAAAAAUGUACUCAACAGAGCCAAAUCUUUAAAAGUGAGAAACAAGAUAUUGUCUAUAAAAUAUAUGAAUUAGGUACGUUUUUAAUGUUGUGUAUUGGGUGUGAGGUACCUUACAACUUACAUUAGGAAGCCCAAUAAAUCAAAUUGGAAGGGGUCAUAGUGAACGUGUAAUUAUGUUCACUAACCUUCAUAUUUGAAAGUCUUUCUUCCUUUCAUCUUUGAUUGCAGAUUUUAAAGGGAGGCGGCCUGCACCCAUGUGAACUAUGACAAAAGGUUGCCAGCAGGCCUGAGCUACCUCCCUCUUUUCACAGAGUAUUUUUGACACAUCUCUUUACCUGCCCAACUGGGUGGGUGCUUUAAGAGCAUAUGGAGUUUCUUAGGCAGACAGGAGAAAUCAAAUAAUAAUUUAAAAAAUAUUAAUAUUAUGCAACAGGUGGACCCUGUGUAGGCUGGGUUUUUUUUAAUAGCAUAUAUUGAGGGGGUUUUCCCUGACUCAAUUAAGUGACACUUCAAACAGAAGACUUAAAAUGUUUGGGCUUUUUAAUUUUUGGUCUCUUUCCCCUCCCCCACACACCCAGUAAUCAGCUUCCGUUUGUAAGGGAGCAUAAGCUAUUAAUAAAUUGGAAUUCAGUACAGUUGUAUGACCUGUUGUAUGCCUGUAUUGAGUUAUGUAGAUAAGGGCUAGGAAUGUUAAUUCAAGCCACUAAAUUUGUCCAAAUUGUUCCUUCAGAUCAAAUUUAAUCUAAUUUUUCUCCUUCGCUGUUGAGAUAACUUACAUAUUACAUGUCCUUUGUAUAGUCUCAGUUAAUAAGGUUAUUUAGCACAAAGUGCAGCUUCAGCAGGAGAGCUGCUUUUUGCUCAGUGAACUCAGACUACCAUGUUUUACCUUCUUUUGUUCAAUAAAACUUUUAACUGCAA